AUACAAUUCAAUCAAUUGCAACUUAUAAUGUCCGCUCCAGCAGUUUUAUCUAAAUCCGGUGUUAUCUACGGUCAAGACGUCAAAGAUUUAUUUGACUACGCUCAAGCUAAGGGUUUUGCCAUCCCAGCUAUCAAUGUCACUUCCUCCUCCACUGUAGUUGCUGCUUUGGAAGCCGCCAGAGACAACAAGUCCCCAAUCAUUUUACAAACCUCCCAAGGUGGUGCUGCUUACUUUGCCGGUAAGGGUGUUUCCAACACUGAUCAAAAGGCUUCAAUUGCUGGGUCAAUUGCUGCUGCUCACUACAUCAGAUCCAUUGCUCCAACCUAUGGUAUCCCAGUUGUUUUACACACUGACCACUGUGCCAAGAAGUUGUUGCAAUGGUUCGACGGUAUGUUGGAAGCUGAUGAAGAAUUUUUCGCUGCCAACGGUACCCCAUUGUUCUCCUCCCACAUGUUGGAUCUUUCCGAAGAAACCGACGACGAAAACAUUGCUACUUGUGCCAAGUACUUCAAGAGAAUGGCCAAGUUGAACCAAUGGUUGGAAAUGGAAAUUGGUAUCACCGGUGGUGAAGAAGAUGGUGUCAAUAACGAAAAUGUUGACAAGGAUGCCUUGUACACCUCCCCAGAAACCGUUUUCAAGGUUUACGAAGCUUUAUCUCCAAUUUCUCCAAACUUCUCCAUUGCUGCUGCUUUCGGUAACGUUCACGGUGUCUACAAGCCAGGUAACGUUGUCUUGAGACCAGAAAUCUUGGGUGACCACCAAGCCUAUGCCAAGAAGCAAAUUAGCUCCAAGUCUGACCACCCAUUGUACUUGGUUUUCCACGGUGGUUCUGGUUCCACUCAACAAGAAUUUGACACUGCUAUCAAGAACGGUGUUGUCAAGGUUAACUUGGAUACCGAUUGUCAAUACGCUUACUUGGCUGGUAUCAGAGAUUACGUUUUAAACAAGAAGGACUACUUGAUGAGUCAAGUUGGUAACCCAGACGGUGAAGACAAGCCAAACAAGAAGUACUUUGACCCAAGAGUCUGGGUUAGAGAAGGUGAAAAGACCAUGAGCGCCAGAAUCGCCGAAGCUUUGAAUAUCUUCCACACCAAGAACCAAUUAUAAGUUUUCUUUAAUGUUUAGAGUAGAUUGUAUUUUUUUUUUAAUAUAUGAUGGGUGAUCAAUUGACAGGUUCACGAGUUGUAUUAUUUUU